ACUCUAAAAGCUUCCUCUAUCAAAAUCUCUACAGAAACGUUAUGUCCAACAGAAGUCCUGAAAGCUUUCUUCUUCAUAAAAAUCUGACAAAAUGGUAAAAAAAUUAAUAAUUUUUUUUUCAAAAUUCGCUCACUCUGACUGGAUCCAUUCUCCAGACUAACCGAAACCAACCAUUUGUUUAUUCUUCGCGGGUAAACUGGAAAAGCCCCACCACGGUUACUACACCACCACCCUCACCUUUCAUUUCUCUUUCAAGAAUUUCGCUGUUACUGUACUUUUUCCGGUCUCUGUCUUAUCUCUUCGCUCACUAUCUAUCCAAUAACCCAAAUAAGGAAAAACAAAAAGCAAAAAAAAAAAAAGCAAAAUCAAAUUCCACUGUCAACGUUCAUCAAUUCCUCAAAUGAACGCCUACAGUCUCCACAUUAAACCACCAUAUACCGAUCCUGUUCUCAUCCCCAAACACCCCAUCCUAAUAGUUCGCCAUUUCCGCCCCUACAGACGCCGUCGUAUCAAACGAAUCGCCACCAGGAAUCUCACGCUCAAAAGCAACUUAUUAGACCCUUUCCAGAAUUUCCUAUCUCAAUUUCCUUCCUCGAAUUCAAUCGAUUUCAUCCCGCCGGCCCUAGGUCUCGCUUCUGGUUUAACUCUAUAUCUUUCGCAAUUCAAGUCAAGUAAAUCUUCUACUACUUCAGAUAUUGGUGAGUGGAUUCUGUUCUCUAGUCCUACCCCGUUUAACCGUUUUGUAUUGCUGCGUUGUCCUUCGAUAUCUUUUGAAGGAGGUGAGUUAUUAGAGGAUUUGAAUGAGAGGUUAGUUGAAGAGGAAAGGCACUUUGUAAAACUGAAUAGUGGGAGGAUUCAGGUGAAAGACGGGGCCAGUGGUGGUUGUUUGGAAGAGAAAUUGGUGUAUCAGAGAGUUUGCUUGAGUACUGAGGAUGGUGGGGUUAUUUCGCUUGAUUGGCCAGCGAAUUUAGACCUGAGAGAGGAGCAUGGUUUGGAUACUACCCUUUUGCUUGUGCCUGGAACAGCUCAAGGGAGCAUGAGUGAGAAUGUUAGGUCUUUUGUAUGUGAAUCGCUUAGCCGAGGGUUUUUUCCGGUUGUUAUGAAUCCUAGAGGAUGUGCUGGUUCCCCACUCACCACUGCACGGUUAUUUACAGCUGCUGACAGCGAUGAUAUCUCCACAGCUGUACAGUUCAUCAAUAAGGCAAGGCCAUGGACAUCCCUGAUGGGUGUUGGCUGGGGAUAUGGUGCAAACAUGCUGACAAAGUAUCUGGCAGAAGUUGGCGAGAGAACGCCCCUUACAGCUGCCACAUGCAUUAAUAAUCCAUUUGAUUUGGAGGAGGCUACAAGAUGUUCUCCUUAUCACAUUGCCUUGGAUCAGAAACUCACUGUUGGGCUGAUAGAUAUCCUGAAAGCUAAUAAGGAACUAUUUCAAGGGAGAGCAAAAGGGUUUGAUGUGGAAAGGGCUUUAAUGGCAAAAUCUGUUCGUGAUUUCGAACAAGCAAUAUCUAUGGUAUCUUAUGGUUUUGAGGAAAUAGAAGAUUUCUAUUUAAAAUCUAGCACAAGGGCUGUGGUUGGGAAUGUUAAGAUUCCUGUUCUUUUUAUUCAGAAUGAUGAUGGCACAGUGCCGUUAUUUUCCAUUCCACGCAGUUCGAUUGCAGAAAAUCCAUUUACAAGUCUUCUUCUAUGCUCUUGUGUGUCAUCUAGUAUUAAUGCAAGUGGCAGAGCUGCUGUAUCCUGGUGCCAGAAUCUUACUGUUGAGUGGCUCUCAGCGGUGGAGCUUGGGCUCUUGAAGGGUCGCCAUCCUCUUCUGAAAGAUGUAGAUAUUUCAUUCAAUCCUGCAAAAGGUUUAACUCUUGUUGAAGGCAGGGCAUCUAGUAAAGGUAUCAAACUUGAUAAGUUCUUAGGUGCUGCUGCAACUGACGCUAAUGGGAUUCUUGAAGAUAACAAUACUUCCAUCAAAUCAAUAUCUGGACAACAUUCACACCAAAAUUUGGCAUUUGAAGAGCAUUUGCAAGUGGGAAAUGGUACAUUGAACCAGACUAGCUCCAUUAAUAAAGAAUUGGUUGAAGAGGAGGUAGCUGAUCCUGUAGAUACUGAAAGGGGUGAGGUGCUGCAAACAGCAGAGGUGGUAAUGAACAUGCUUGAUGUUACCAUGCCUGGUGUUCUAGAAGAAGAAGAAAAGAAGAAGGUCUUAACUGCUGUGGGUCAAGGAGAGACACUUAUGAAAGCUUUGCAAGAUGCUGUACCCGAAGAUGUUCGUGAAAAGCUUACAAUUGUUGCUUCAGGCAUUCUGCAUGCUCAACGCACAAACUUAAAACUUGAUCGACUUCUAGGCAUUGGUAAAAUUCCUGCUGUGUCAUCAGGGUUUAAGUCCAAUAUCCAGGAAAAGGGCAGAGGAGAAUCAACUGUUGAAUCUGUGCCUAAAGAUUCUCAUUCUUCUGAAGGGACAAAAAAGGAUGAUGAUGUGGCAGAUGUAUCUGUUAACAAUCAAUCUGGGUCAGACAAGUCUGUUACUGGGCUGGAGCCAGAGCUUUCUUCUUCAGAAAAUUUGCACAACUCAAGUGAUUCAGGACAGCCUCAAACAAUGAGCAGUCAACAAGGUGAUACUCACAGUUCUCCUAAGAAGGGCAUAAAUGUGUCAGGAAAUAAUCAUGAAAGUGAUGAACUUGUCAAAGAAAAAGCUACUUCAUCCUCUAGCAGCGGUGAAAAGGGAUUGGAAGCCAGCAGUAAGCAAAAUGUUUCCAGCCACACUGAAAAGGCUAGUGGCACUGAGGAAGCAAUUGUUGAUGAGCAUAAGGUGGACCAGAAUGGUGGAACCCCUCCACUAGAUAUAAAAAGCGAGAGUAACAACCAGAAAAAUGAAGAGAAAACGCCAAAUUCUUUGACCGACCAAAGUAAGAUAGUUUCAAGCAAUGCGACUGAAGAAGCAACUUCACCUGCAGGAUCCUCUCCUGACUCCCAACCAAUGGAAAGGGAUGGCAACGAUGAUCAGAAAAGGGAUAGCAAAACAUUGCAAGCUGUUCCUGACAAUAAUAAACUGACUGAAUCUGAUUCUAAUUCCCCUACAUUCAGUGUCGCACAGGCAUUAGAUGCCUUAACGGGAAUGGAUGAUUCCACCCAAGUGGCUGUUAACAGUGUUUUUGGUGUCAUAGAAGAGAUGAUAUCUCAGUUGGAAGAGGGGAAAGAUGAUGAAAAUAAACUCGAUGAUGUUGAGGCUGAAGAUGAAUCACUUGACUCUACACCUAGGAAGGAGCAUGGCACGGAUGACCGCAUAUUCAGAAUGAAUGGUGACAAUGACUUGACUAUGCAGCCUGAUAUUUCACAGGAUUCUCCUGUACAUAAGCACAUAGCGAAAGAUGUCAAUUCACAGAAUGUUGUGAGUACUGGAUGGGUAGAGGAAUCCACCGGUAAUCCUAUUUUGCACGGUGAGACUGGUACUAAUGUUGCCCAGAGAAAUACUUCCAGUAACUAUAAUGAAGGAAAUAAGAAUGUAUUAGUUGGUGGCAAGUAUUUGGCCGAUUAUGCUGAUAGACAUGUAAAUAGCAUUCCACUGUAUGUAACUGCAAAUCCAUAUGGGGACUAUCUACAGAAUGAAUAUUUGCGCAGAUAUCUUCUCUCAAAAGUACCAAAUGGAAAACCACUUGAUGUAGACUCAACUACCGCUCUGUUGCUUGACUAUUUCCCUGAAGAAGGUCAAUGGAAGCUUUUGGAGCAACCAGGAAAUAUCGGUGAAACUUUUCAAGAUGUUACCAAUCAUAAUGGUGCCAACAUAAUGGAUCAGGUCCAUUCACGUCCAAGUGUGAAUUAUCCAGACAACUACAUAGAACCGUCUUAUGUAGUAUUAGAUACUGAAAAACAACAAGAACCUGUUGGAGGAUAUGACAGAGUGGAUAAAUUUAAUGAAAAUGUUGAAAAUAGGAAUCAUAGAUUGGAAGAAGUGAUGCAGUUUGUGAAAUUUAUUAUAUUGGAUGCUCUGAGGGUUGAAAUUGAUCGCAAGCUAAGUGCAGAAAGCAUGAAAGAAAUGGAAUCUGACCUUGCUAGAGAUCUCGAGGAAGUGGCAAAUGCUGUGGCUUUGGCAAUUAGACAGGACAAGGGUAUGUUACGCUUGCAAGGUAAAAGCUCAAGCAUUGAACGUACUUCUGAAAAGGUUGGUACUCUGCAAGGAGAGCAUAUAGUUAGGGCCAUUUCUUCUGCUGUUCUGGACACUAGUUAUCUGAGAAGAGUGUUGCCAGUUGGUGUUGUUAUAGGCUCUAGCUUAGCUGCUCUGAGAAAAUAUUUUGAUGUAGGUACCAGGCAUGAUAAUGGCCUGACAUUCGAUGAACAAUCUAAAAUAUCUGGGGAAAAGCAUCUAGAUAAGUCCGGCAUAAAGAAAGGCGAUCAGAAGCUUACGAACAAAACUGAUCAAACUACUAACACAACAAGUAGAAGGAGCAGAGAAGGGGAAGAAUCUGAAUUGAAAUAUACAAAUAAAGACAGUGUCAUGGUUGGGGCUGUAACAGCGGCCCUUGGAGCAUCUGCUUUAUUGGUACAGCAGCAGAGUCCAGACCAAGGGAAGGAAACUGCAGAAAGUCCAUCGAAGUCCUUCAAGGAACAAGUAAAUCAUGUUAAGGCAGUUGACAAGGUAGAUGAAGUAAUGUCUGAGAAAACCCAGAAUAACAUAGUUGCUAGCUUUGCUGAGAAAGCUAUGUCUGUUGCUGGUCCAGUGGUGCCCAUGAAGGAAGAUGGUGAAGUGGAUCAAGAAAGGCUGGUUGCAAUGUUAGCAGAAUUGGGACAAAAGGGUGGCCUGCUGAGGCUGGUUGGUAAAGUCGCUUUGCUUUGGGCUGGCAUUCGUGGUGCGAUGAGUUUGACUGACAGGCUUAUCUCAUUUCUACGAAUGGCUGAGUGCCCCUUGUACCAGAGGAUUAUUGGGUUUUUGGGUAUGGUGCUUGUUUUAUGGUCUCCAGUCAUUGUUCCAUUGCUUCCAACACUUGUGCAGAGCUGGACGACAAGUAAUCCCUCCAGAUUUGCUGAGCUUGUUAGCAUUAUUGGUCUCUAUACAGCCGUUAUGAUUCUUGUUAUGCUAUGGGGCAGAAGAAUUCGAGGGUAUAAGGAUCCACUAGAGGAAUAUGGAUUGGAUUUGGCAAAACCGUCUAAGAUCCAAAAUUUUUUGCUGGGAUCCAUUGGAGGAGUCAUGCUUGUUUUGUCAAUACAGUCUGUCAAUGCUUUGGUGGGCUGUGUGAGUUUUUCGUUGCCUUCAAGUCAUCCUGCAUCUUCGUUAGAUGCCAUGGCAUUUUUGAGAGUAUGUGGCAAGGUAAUUAUGCUGGCUGGUCAAGCAAUCGUAACAGCCACUGGUGUCGCACUUGUUGAAGAACUGCUUUUUAGAUCAUGGUUGCCUGAAGAAAUUGCCAUUGAUCUCGGUUAUCACAAAGGAAUUAUCAUAUCAGGGCUAGCAUUCUCUCUUUUCCAGAGGUCACUGUGGUCAAUACCGGGGCUUUGGCUUUUAUCUUUAGCUCUGGCAGGAUUUCGGCAAAGAAGCCAAGGUAGCCUUUCCAUUCCAAUUGGAUUGCGUGCAGGGAUAAUGGCUUCAAGUUUUAUUUUGCAAACAAGCGGCCUAUUGACCUAUACAUCCAACUAUCCCCUGUGGGUAACGGGGACUCACCCAUUUCAACCUUUCAGCGGGAUAGUUGGUCUUGCAUUCUCUUCAUUGUUGGCAAUAAUCAUGUACCCGAGGCGGCCGCUAGAGAAAUGGGAAAAACCCGAAUAGGUCCCUUCAAUACUAAAGUAGAUUUUUUCAAGUAAUGGUUAAAGUUAGAAUUGGUCAGUAGCUCUUCUGUGGACGUGUAAUAUCAGAAUGACUCAGAGAGAGAAGUUUGAAAAAGAGGAGCUGCUGUUGUGUUGUUUGUAAACCCAAAUAUUUGAAAAACGGAUGGAUAUGGGUUCUCAUUAUUUAGGAGGAAAGGGAAAAUUACAAGGAAAUAAUAGAAAAGCAGGAGUCUCAUGUAUAGUUGAUGUAGCGGAUAAGUCUUGAUGUAUAGCUGGUAUAGAUCUCAAAGGCAGAGAGAGCAGAGCAUUUUUGCAAAUAGGAAAAUGAAUUGUACUUGUCAAGUUUUCAAUUUUGCUUGUCAAUACAUAAAACGGCUUCAAUUCUGAUUAUUGAACAUCUGCGUAAGAAUAUCUGAUUGAUGGUUUUAUUUUAAA